ACAGGCUAGGCAGUCGCCCCCUUGCUGGAGGGCGGCCCAGAGUAGUAUAAGAAUAGGAACCUUGGAGGUUUCUCUGCAAUCUCGCAGGGAAGGCUCCACAGCUGUGUAUCAAUCUUUCUGGCAUACAUUAAAUAGUUAAACUGAGAAGGCUGCCGCCGGGUAAUUACUGUUAGCAUAGCAUUAAAGAUAAAGAACUGGGACAAUUUCUGACAGAACGUUCAACCAAUGGAUAGUCAUUUACUGAAUAGAAUAAGAGAAGUUGAAUUAAGAUGUGUCUAACGAAAUUACAUCAUGAAGAUGUGGGCGCUCAUGCAGCCUUAAGUGACAGCUCGAGCGCCCAAUGGCGAGGCUCAGAUUGGCCCUAGUCUUCUCGGGGGCGUGCCCAGUAGAUUACAGCCGCCGCAGAUCACAUCACAACACGUCACAAGCCAUCAGAACCAUUUGGACCAUCGACUCUUGUUGCCGGAUCCCCUUCUAAAACUGGAACCCGGUCGGACUCGUUUCUGGGGCUGCGACGGCCGCGAUCAUGGUUCGAACGGAACAAGCGUUCGAGUAUUUAUAAACCCGAUGGAGGCCGAGCAGGUUUCGGAUUCAGGUGUCGGACUGGAGUAAAAAACAAACAAACAAAAAAACACGAAGAGGGAAAAAAGGUCGUGUCUGUUGUACGUUUUGGGUCUUAAACGGAGCAGGAGGCGGAAUUAAAGACCCACUAUUCACUCCCUCUAAUCCGGUUCUGAGCCAUUUGGAUUUGGGAGGGCGCGCGUGAUCGGAGCCAGACGCAGCGUCAAGAUGCCGACGUCCCGGCCCGGUUCAGAAGCAGUGCCAGCGGACUUCUGGGUGGACGGCUCGCGCAGGGACGGGACGGUGGAGGAGUUCUACAUACUCGGCUCCGAAUUGGGCAGAGGCGCCACAUCUGUGGUGUAUCGCUGUGAAGAGAAAGAGAAGAAGAAGUCGUACGCCAUCAAAGUUCUCAAGAAGACGAUCGACAAGAAGAUCGUCCGCACGGAGAUCGGUGUCCUGCUGCGUCUUUCGCACCCCAACAUCAUCCAGCUGAAGGAGAUCUUCGAGACGGACACGGACAUCGCUCUGAUUCUGGAGCUGGUGACGGGAGGCGAGCUUUUUGACAGGAUUGUGGAGCGCGGCUACUACAGCGAGCGAGACGCUGCCCACGUCAUCAAACAGAUCCUGGAGGCCGUGGCGUACCUGCAUGAGAAUGGCGUGGUGCAUCGCGACCUCAAACCGGAGAACUUGCUCUAUGCCGACCUCUCGCUCCACGCGCCGCUCAAGAUCGCGGACUUUGGUCUUUCCAAAAUAAUCGAUGAGAGGGUGACCAUGAAGACUGUGUGCGGCACGCCCGGAUACUGUGCUCCUGAGAUUCUUCGAGGAAACGCUUACGGACCAGAAGUGGACAUGUGGUCAGUAGGCGUCAUCCUCUACAUCCUGCUGUGCGGGUUCGAGCCCUUCUUCGACGCACGAGGGGACCAGUACAUGUACACGCGCAUUCUCAACUGCGACUACGAGUUUGUCUCCCCUUGGUGGGACGACGUCUCGCUCAACGCCAAGGACCUGGUGAGCAAGCUGAUUGUGUUGGACCCGGGCAAGCGCCUGAGCGUGCACCAGGCCCUGCAGCACCCGUGGGUACUGGGCAAGGCGGCGCGCUUCUCACACAUGGACACGGCGCACAGGAAGCUGCAAGAGUUCAACGCCAGACGCAAGCUGAAGGCGGCCAUGAAGGCGGUGGUGGCGACCGGUAGGAUGCACGAGUCGUCUCGCCGCCGCACCGACAGCUGCGAGAUUCCCGCCACGCAGAGCAGUGUGGGGCAGGACCCGUCCCUCGAGUCGGCCACCCCCGACCCCAAAAAGGCCGCGCUCUCGGAGAAACAAAGGGAACAAAGUAGCCCUGUCCUUUCUCGCAAGCAGGACGCCGCGCCCGCCCCGACUAGGCCGCCGCUCCGGGCCGACGCCCAGCGGCAGGCCAGAUCGGCGGUGGCCCCGCCCAGGCCGCCCAAGAAGAGCUACUCGGCGGGCCAAACAGCCACCGGGAACCGGGCCGAGCCCCCUGGCCCUGACAGCCUCAGCAACGGCUUAACGGCAGGGGUGGAGCCCGAUGCAAAGACCGACCACGGCCAAUGAACUCUUUCCAGAGACGCUAACGGUGCGGAAUGGUGUUAGCUUGUGAAUAUUGACAAAUAAUUCCAAACUGACUUUUACUGACAAGUGCAUGAAACCCUGCGGCUCGCAUGCCAGCUAAUAUGCUAAGGUCUGAAAUGUGAAGUUGUCAAUCUGUUUACACUCUCUCUGUUUUUCAAGUAAAGCUAAGAUGACUUUUUUAAUAACUAAGAUAUUUUAUGCUUGAAAGAUUCUUGUUCUCAUGCAUUAGCAAGGUUGCACGUUUACGCCGACUACCUUUUUUUGCUCGUGUUUGCGCCACCUAGGAAACACCCUCAUGUUAGCUUAGCUCGGCAUCAACGGCAACAGGAGCGUUCCAACCGGAAGUCCACAAUUGAGCAAUGCUCCGUUUGUGUCGUCACGUUCAAAUAAAACCGAGAUGUGUGCCUGCAUCACUUGGUGAUGACUUCCACCUUUGUCAUUGAUUUAGCUUAACAGUCCAUGUGUAAGCUAAGCUAUGUGAAUGGCGGAGAUGUUCAGAUGACAGCUUCCUGUUUGCUUUUGGGUGGGCGGGGCUUAGAAUAAUUAGUGUCCUUGUGUUUGUCGUGUUGAUGCAGACAGAAAAUGACAUCAUCAGACCUCAGUAAAGUUUCGUCACUCCAAGUGUU